CAGGUUACUUCGAAUGAUUAUCAGACUUGCAAUGAAACUCAAUACUUCAAAGAAACAUGGAGAAAGUGCUGCUCUCGCUGCCCGCCUGGUACAUAUUUGAAGAAUGAAUGCACCGAGACCUCCGACACCGAGUGCCAGCCAUGUGAAGAUGGAAGGUACACAUCCAACUGGAACUAUGCUGCAAGGUGCAUGAACUGCAAAUCAUGUGAUCAACCCUUAAUCGAAAAAGAAAAAUGUACGCGUACCAAGAAGGAGCAGUGUGGUUGCCCAGAUGGGUAUACCUGUACCCAGUUAACCGGGACGGGCAUUUGCCUGAUCUGUAAGCCUGAUCUUCUUCCAACUACUGUCCCACUGCCGACCGAGCCAAGGGUUACUCAACCUUCAUCUGAUUAUCCUCCAUGGGUCAUCCCCGUCAUCGUCGUUGUCGCAGUGUUCAUAGUGCUCGUUACUUUGUCAAUGAUAUUCCUAUAUCGCAACAAGUCCAACAUCUUGGAGAAGCUUGGUUGCAUGACUAAAGUCAAGAAACCUCUGCCUGAGAGUGCAGGUUUGGAAGUCAAUUUCCCCCCACCCAUAACCCAAAAUCCCCAACAAGAGCUGCGCUUCCCCAUGGAAGAGACUGAUCCAUUGCAAAGUUUUGAGUAUGCCCCCUGA